UUCCCUUAUCAACCAAUAGAAAUAGUUGUUAGAAAAUCAGUUAGGUGGCUGGUUACCAACAACAACAUUUUGAAUAAUAAGACUGGAUAUUUUCAGCGCGUGAACAUCUUUUGGAAAUGGCUGAUCAAAGAUACUGUUUUAUUGUGGAGUGGUAUGACCAGUUUGCUCAGCUGGUCAGACCAUACCAACUCAUGUUCUACAGCAGGGAUAACUCUGUUGAAAUGUUUGACAUCAAAAAUCAUAGAAUAUUUUUAAAGAGGACAAAAUUGGAUGGCCUAAAGUUAGAGAACUUGUAUGUUGGAGCUACAGUAGAUUUGUUCUCUAGACAGAUAACAUUUGUAGAUUAUGGAGAUGAAUUCACCAGAAACUGUCUCUCACAGCAAAAAGAAAGAACACUGGGUAUAAUCAAGCCUGAUGCUAUGAACAAAGUUGGUCAAAUUUUAGACACAAUAUUCCAGUCAGGAUUCAAAGUUACCAAAAUGAAGAUGUGUCAGUUGACAAGGAACGAGGCAUUUGAAUUUUACCAGGAACACCAGGGAAAAGUUUUCUUUGAUAAAUUGAUCAGUUUUAUGACAAGUGGUCCAGUCCUGGCAUUUGAAUUGAUGGGUGUAGAUGCUGUUGGUAAAUGGCGGGAAAUGAUCGGUCCUACUGACAGUUCUGAGGCGAGGAAGGUAGCACCAUCCAGUCUGCGCUCCCGGUUCGGCAAAGAUAACACGGAAAAUGCAUGCCACGGAUCUGAUGGUGUGGCGUCAGCUGCAAGAGAAUUAGAGUUUUUCUUCCCAUCUGUCGGGCCAGUGAGAAGAAAUACAGCCAAAUGCUCAGAAUGCACGUGCUGUGUAAUAAAACCACAUGCAGUUCAAGGAGGUAACGCAGGUAAGAUCAUCAGUGCUAUCAUGGAGGCAGGAUUUGAAGUGUCUGCGAUAGAAAUGUUCCAUAUGGAGAAAGCUAAUGCCGAGGAGUUUUAUGAAGUAUAUAAGGGUGUUGUACAAGAGUACAAUUCUAUGGUGUUGGAAUUGACAUCAGGACCUUGUAUUGCGCUUGAAGUUAGGGCUCAGAAUGCUCCAACAGCCUUCAGAGAAAUGAGCGGGCCUGCUGAUCCAGAAAUAGCUCGUCAUUUACGACCAAGAACAUUGAGAGCUUUGUUUGGACAGGAUAAAGUAAAGAAUGCUGUACAUUGUACUGACCUACCAGAAGAUGGUUUAUUAGAGGUGGAAUAUUUCUUCAAAGUGUUGGACCGAUGAGCUAACUGAAUCUCUGCCUUACAUCAUCAUAUCGAGAGAUGACAUCACGUUAACAUUUAUACAACAAUAAACCUUACUGUCUAAAACACAAUUAUGUCCUCUCCAACUGAAAAAAAUGUAUCCGAUAAACUUCUAAAUAUAUAUGUUAAGGCCUACUCAUUAAAAACUUAACACACGUUUUCAAAACAUUUUUUGUUCUGGAUUUUAAAGAAAAAUUCACUCUCUUAUUGCAUUUAUUAGUUAAAAUCAAUGAACACUCUCUGUAGCUACAAACCAAAUAUUUAUGUACAAGGAUAACCUUAAGUGACUGGAUGAAAGAAUGACAUAUUCUAUAGAAUCUUUAGAUUAUAUACAGCAUUUGUGUUACUGAUCUUUUCUAUUAAGCCUCUAUUUUUGUAAGAAAUAUAUGUGGUAUUAUGAAUUCUUUUCAUUGUUUUUCUUAUUCUGAAAGUACAGGAGUGAAAAAUGUAUUGCUUCUGAUAAAAAUAGUUGUGAAAUGUAAUUGAAAUAUGUUUUUUUUUAAAGUAUAAAUUUUCAUUCCUUAUCAUUUGUGAAAGUAAAUGAUAAAGACUGAACUGCUUACGAAAACCAUUGGAAAAAUUGGGGGGAAAAUGCCCAGUUUCUUUUUUUAGGCUAUUUCUCAAUAUGAUUUUUUUCCCAUAAAAGAAACAAACUUGUUGGUAAUAGGUGUAAACAAAAUGCUGGUCUUACAAGUGAAUUAUUUCAUGUAUUCAUUUAUGUUGACUGUUAUUCAGAGAUGAACUUUAAACAGGUUUGAAUGUAUAUGGGAACAUUUUCAUUACAAAGAGCAUUCUGUGAUACAUUAUUAUGCAUGUAUUUUAGCAUUUUUAAUCCUUAUAUUUGUUUGAACUGAGAAGUUUAAAGCCUUGGCUACCAGUAUAGAGCCACUGCACGCCAGCACAAACAUACCAGGCUCUAUACUUUUAGCUGACCCAACUUUUUUCACCUUUAUUUUCCUGUUAAAGCUGGAAAGUCGCCAUAUGACCUAUACUGUUGCCUUGGUGUUAGGUAAAACCCAACCAAAAAAAAAAUAUAUGAUAAAAGACAGUGUCAGCAAUGGAAACUGGAUAAGAUUUUAAGAAAUUCAGUCUUUUUUGGAAAAUCCCACAGGAUAAAGGUGAAAAGAUACAGCAUGGACAUUUUGAAUUUUACUUCUAGUAUAUAGGUAGUGUAUGUAAAAUUUAUGUGAAAUAAAUUAAAACGCUCUUUAAGCCUUUUUAUUGUAGCAUGUACAAAUUUUAUUUAUCAUUUUAUGUGCUCAUGUAUUACAUUGAUAUAUGAAUUAUAAAAAUCAAAACCAUC